UCACGCGGUUAAGACAUAUGGAAAUCGAAAGUGGUUUAGUAAAGAAAUCACAAAAUGGCGUCUAACUUAAACAUUUCGCAGCAAAAGGGAUCAGACGUAUUUUACGACGUUUGUUGUUCUGUUUGCGAAGAGGAUGGCAUACAUAAUGAAGGACUGUUUCAUUGUAAAAUAUGUUUUAAAACAUACUGCGACGAAUGUGUGAAAAUGCACAAAAAGCUACUUAAGGAUCACGCGGUGUCAGCGAAAUCUGACGGUGAAAGCUGGUAUGUUGCGAACAAAGUGGACGAUACUAUAGAGUUAUGUGAGGAGCACACGACUGAGAGACUAACGAGGUUCUGUGAAGAUCAUGAACAGUUGCUAUGUCAUCUAUGUCUGCUUCUAAAACACAGGCAAUGCAGUAAGGUGUUUACAUUGGCUGAACAGGCCAAAUCAAACUCACAACGUAUACGCCUUGUUCAAGUGACGAAAGGAAUAGAAAAGUCGCAGAAGCGUUUAAAGGAUAUGGUGGACAGAGGAAAAGAUAACAUAAAAUCACUUAAAGCUUCUUACGAACACAUUUGUGAAAAAAUACUUGAUGAACGUCGACAGAUCAACGAGAAUCUUGACCGACUUCAGCAAAACACCAUAAGAGAAUUGGAAUCAAUUCACGAGCGCUUAAAUAAUUCCAUUGAAGAUGACACCAAGCGAUGCUUAGAAUGUAUUUCAAAGUUAAAGAUAUUUGGCGCUAAGCUCAAAGACAAUACUCUACCUGAACGAACGUUUAUUACGUUAAGAAAAUGUAUUGAUCAAACUGCUGCAGCAGAUUUACUCCUAAAACGCAUGAUCAAGAAGGAUGGAACUGAUAUUAAAUUCCAGCCUAACCGUGAAUUGAUUCAAUGUCUUGCAGACUGCACUGAUCUUGGGAAAAUCAUCAUAGGCGAUCCACAACAUAACGUUGAUCCAAACAAGAUUGUCAGCAUCGAGGAGAAGUCAGAAUAUAAUGUUCGAACAGCUACUGAUAAAUUAUCAUGUGCGAUUAGGGGUAUAUUUACGACUUCCAACAGGGAUCUCGUUAUUGCUGACUUUACCAAUAAGUGUGUGAAACUCCUUAAUCAGGCGUACAAGGUGAUUGAUCAAGUUCAGCUGCCUUCUUAUCCGAUGUCCAUGUGUAGCAUUUCCUCCUUCGAAAUGGCGGUGACUGUAAGCCAAUAUAUAGCCGAUGCUCUUAACGGGAUUCAUUUCUUACGGGUAGAUGGCGGAAAGAUUAUACGCAAACAGGUUCUAAAAAUGAAUCAUGCCUGUUAUGGAAUUGCGCAUGUCGAUGCAGAAGUGUUUGUGACUUCCGGUACUGCGUUGUACGAAUACACAAUGGACGGACGGUUAGUUAAGAAGUUAUACGAAGAUAGAACUGGACCAUCCCCAGUUGCAGGUGUUGGGGUGAGUCCUGAUGGGAAGAUGAUCUAUGUGACGGACUUAAGUAAUGGCAUGCUUCGCACGCUGACCAGGGAUGGAACAAUCACAGCUACGUUCCAGGAUCCCGCAUUCAAACAUGGCUGGCUUACAGAUAACAUACAUGUGGCAGCCACAGGGCAGGUUUUCGUCUGUGGUGACAACUCCAUAAGUCAAGUGGAUACAGUCGGCAAGACAAUCCUCAAUACCAUCUCUGUUGACAUUGCAAAACCUGCAUCUGUCUUCUUUAAUGAAGAAACGAGAAAACUAAUAGUUGGAUUUUGGAGCCACGACAACAUCAAUGAGUUCAAAACAAAAACAGUUCCGACUUUUUAAUUGACAAAGAAAGCAAAUAAAGAAAGUAAUUACAUCAUUACGUAAUGUAUACUAUUA